ACGGAUGUCUUUUCGGGAGGGAAACUUGGCUUGUUUUUUUUUUUUGUCCCGGGUUUAGCACGGGUCUAAUAGAAGUGUCUAGAAAGUCACGACGCGGCCUGGCGUUCACGAGGUAAGCCAGCGACCACGCCAUAAAACCCCGAACAGUUGCAGACGACUCCUUACCCGCAGGAUCAGCCGUCAUGUCUGGCAUAGCUCUGAGUCGACUCGCGCAAGAGCGAAAAGCGUGGAGGAAAGAUCACCCUUUCGGCUUCGUCGCCGUUCCGACUAAAAACCCAGACGGUACGAUGAACCUGAUGAAUUGGGAGUGCGCCAUUCCCGGGAAGAAGGGGACUCCGUGGGAAGGCGGCCUGUUUAAGCUCAGGAUGCUGUUUAAAGACGAUUACCCAUCAUCCCCUCCGAAGUGUAAAUUCGAGCCGCCGCUGUUUCAUCCGAACGUCUACCCGUCGGGGACGGUGUGUCUCUCCAUCUUAGAGGAGGACAAAGACUGGAGACCCGCGAUCACGAUCAAACAGAUUCUGUUGGGGAUCCAGGAGCUUUUAAACGAGCCCAAUAUUCAGGACCCGGCCCAGGCUGAGGCGUAUACCAUAUAUUGUCAAAACAGAGUGGAGUACGAGAAGAGAGUCCGAGCACAAGCCAAAAAGUUCUCCCCCUCGUAGACGGCGUGACUGGAUCGCUCGGAGCGAAUGUGUUCAGCACUCGUUUAUUUUUCCAUCUUCUUCCUCCGUUUUCUCCUCCUCCUCCUCUCCUCAUUGGGACUGAAAGGACUUGACGUGACGUCUGUGCCAUCCGCCCCAUCCACCCCAUCCCUGCAGGCCACGCCCCCUUGGUAGUGAUGUCACAAACAUGCCCUCUUGACUCCAUCCCCCCCCCCCCCUCCCCCAGCAGGAAAGCCCCCUGCCUCGCUUUAUCAUCGGCCAAUCAGAAAUGGACCUCAUCUUUAUUUCCUUUUUUUUUUUUCUCCAGUCAACAUUAAGUGGCUGGACGAAAACAAUGAACUUUCUGUGUACGCAUCGUGUGUGUGUGUGCGCGAGUGCGUGUGCGUGUGCGUGUGUGUGUGUGUGUGUGUGUUCGAAAGUUCCUUCUUAUUUUAACGCCAGACUUCCCUCCUUUGCUCAUUGUUUUGUUUUUCCUCCCACGUGCGAGCGCUGAAACCUCGGACGCAACGGCGCGGAACAUCUCGCUUUCUCGCACUUCUGUCCAUCACACAGGUAAAAGAAAACGUCUUUAAUAAGCGAGACGCUUCUGCACGCCGGAAAAAUCGGAGACAUCGUAGGUUCGGAAUUCCUCCUCAGCAAGAUUUAUUUUUUAUUAUUAUUUUUUCUUUUUGUGUAUGCGUGUAUCGUUCGUUCGUUAACGAUGGGAACAUGUGUCCUGCGUCCUUUGUUGGUUUAAUAAAGAUCUUUCUACAAAACAAA